AUGUCGCAACAAGAUUCCCAGCGCUGGCUGCCCACGGAUCGGCUAAUAUAUGGGGUGCUUGUUAAAUCAUUUCUUCCCCUAAAGAGGCAUCCUGAACUGGUAUAUGAAAGUAGCAAUUAUGCGAAUGUAUACGUGGGCGCAGAAGUUUACGUUUUCGAAGAAUCCAUGGAUAAGAAGUGGUGCAGGGCGUACCAAUGUUUGCGACCCUUUCCCGAGGAAUUUAUAUCGAAUAUGAAUUCAGCAAAUGAUGUUCUACCAGAUGUAAAACCAAAAGUAGUAAUCUUUCCAAGAAAAUUUGUUCACUUCGAAGCUGAAAAAGCUGUCAGCACCAUGCCAUUUUUCAAAGCACCGAGUGCGGAUGAUUUUGAACCCUUGAUUAGUAAAGAAUGCGAGUCUCGCUCAUUUUGUGACAGCCUAUAUGUUAGUUCUACCGAUGAUAUAUCCACUGGUAAGCCAAAAAAAGUACCGAGACCUCCGUUUCCUUUCUUCAGAUAUCAAAAAAGACCCUUUAAGGAUGAAAUGGGUCCUAUGCUAUCUCUUAUUUCUUCGCAUGUUUAUUCGAUGUAUUCAAUUGGGGAGUUUACGAUAUACAGGAAAAUGAUAAAGUUGUAUUAUGAUUUGGACACUAUACGAUUUAGGUUGUCAAUGGAUUUGACCACAGAAACCGAAAAAAUCAAUUUGAUAAGAGAAGCAACGUCCUUGAGAACGAAAAUUGCAAAGUUUUUGUCUUCCACAUAUAGGAAAAAUAAACUCAUUGCCAAUUCUACCCCAAGAAACCCUGAUCCAUAUGGCUUUGAAGGAAUCUUCGCCAGAGAUAUAAGUACUGGUGAAUUGCUUUCGUACGAUAUCGAUGAACUAAGGAUUUUGGUAUCAUCUUCAAUGCUUUGCGGCCUAACUAAUAACUUCCCUAUGGUAGCUGCGGUAGAGCCAAAGGGUGAAUCUUCAUCCAACGGAAUAUUCGGUACCGUUAGAUCAAGCAUUUUGGUUAACUUAAAAGAUCUGGCGUGGGAUCCAUCCAUAUCGAAUCCCAAAUACCAAGAGCUUUCCAUUUGUGUAUACUUGAGGACCCAAAAAGAUGUGCUCACUGAGUCAUUCACCAUGACAAAGUCGUCAAAUAUGGAAUCUGCGUUAGACGAAAUUCCUGCAAUGCUAUUUAAAAGCAUUUUAGAGACAAUAGUUCAGAAAAAUAAGAUAUACCUGGUGGUAGUUCUGAAGGAAUCAGUAGCAAUUGAAACAAAAAACCCUCCAUUAAUUUCAUCAUACAACAUAUCCACCCAACAGCCAAAUCCACAUUCCUCAUUUUCUCCAUUCAAUUCGCUUCUUGAAAGCAAGAUUGGUCAUGUAAAAAAGGGCUUGGCCGCGGGAGUGAUCGAUAUAUCUCCGGUGUUCAAAUUCUAUAAUGGUCCAUCUGUUGCAAAUAAAGCCCACAGAUUUAACCUUUAUCUUUAUAGCUCUGACUCUUCAGCUUCUAGUCAAUACUACAACCCUUCAAAGGAUACAGAUCUAGGUUGGGGCGAUUUGAUAAAUAAGAUCAUAAAAGAUUCUUCGGAAGGAAUCUUCGUUAAUCCCAGAGCGGUUUCAUUAUCGGUGACUGUUAAGGAAGUCAUAGGCAAAGAAGAAGCAGAGAAAUUACUUUCCACAUCAUUAGUACCCAUAAGAAGUAUCCCCACAUAUUUUUAUGACACCAUGUUUAGUCAAGCAGAAAUAAUUUAUUUGAAUUUGGGGAGAGUGUCUCUUUGCGGACUUGCAACGGCUGAUACAAAUAUAGAAAAUGUAACCGUUCAAAUAUCUUGUAGGAAUGAAAACGUAAAGUUUUGCAAAAACAAACUUGAAGAGGGAACAGGAAACUGGAAAUUUGUUUCAGUACGUCCAAACGAGAGCAUAGGCGAAUCAAUUAGAAUAGAAGGUGUAGAGAAUAUGAACGAGGACGAAACUUUAAGGGUACUCAUAUAUUUAAACGGAUUUCUAAUGGCAAAAUCAAAUAUACAUAUCAAGAAAAAGAAUGAAAUUAUAGAAUAUAGAAAAGGUACUAUAUUUCAGAUAAUGUCGUCUAAUUCGGUGCCCUUGAUUCAUUUAGAACUUGAGGCAUCGUAUUUUGGCCGGAAAUAUAAUAUUAAUCCAGCCAUUGCAGAUUUCUUAAUCCUCCAAACCAAGGAUGUUGAACUCGACCCAAAGCUCAAAAUGCAAUUUGCAGUUACACUGAGUAAUCUAAAUAGCAUUUCAUUCAACGAUCUACUAAAACAUUUUGACACCAUUUUAGCGCACUAUUUGUUUCUUCUCGAGUUCGUAAAUGAAGCCAUCGAUAAGAAGGGUCUUUCUUCAAGUUUACCCAACAUUUUAUUCAGUGAAUUUGUGAAGUUUCUGAAUUUAAUGUUAACCCAGCGAGAAAAUGCUAGAUAUUGGUUCAACAGGUUGUACAAAAAAGUUUUGUCAAGAGAGCUAGAAUGCCCUAAUGUUGCAUCAAUACUAAUAAAACACGUGACAAUUGUUUUCGAUAAAAGUCACUCUUCCUGGACUAGAACAGGAACAGCCGUUUGUCGAACCAUUCUAUAUCUAAUGGUACUGGCAAUCGGAUCGUCUCACUCAGAUGAAAUGCCUAAUUUCAACGGAUUUUUUGAAAGCUUGCACAAAUUUUUGAUGCUUUCUGAUGAGGCAAUUGUGGUGGAUCAGAUUUUAUUAAUAGAAAGCCUUCCUUUUAUGAUAGAGACCAUGACUAAUCAUUGUGACGUGGAAGAUUUGGUUCGUUUUGCAAUUGAAAUAUUUCAAUGUUGUCAAGAUAAAGAAAAGGUUCAAAGAAUAUAUUCCAAAACUCUCUCAGUCAGAGAAGAAGAGUAUUUGAAUGCAAAGUUUACUUGUCUUCUGAAGUUAAUCAAGAAGAAGAUUUUGCAAAAGUACUUACUCGCUGCGGAGUCUUUAGAUAAAUUGAGGUUACGAUUUUUAUCUAAAUCUCUUGAGUGGGUGCUCAUACCAUAUGCUCCAGAUGAGGAAAAACGCUUUCAUAUAGAAUCCUUGCGCUUAGCUAAUUCCAUUUUGAUAACAAUAAUCGAGGACUACAAAUUUGAUAUACUGCAGAGGAACUUGAUAAGAUUGUUACCAUAUCUAUGUAAGUCCUUUAUUCAUUUAAGAAGGUACUGUAAGAAAGCACGUUUAAUGAGGCCUCGAAGAGUCUUUACCAUGCUUUUUCCCAAUGUGGUACCGUGCAAAUACAUUCCCGUCGAUUCAAUCGUGAAUGAUGAAGUAAUUGUAGAAGUUCUUCUUGAACUGGCUAUUAUAAUCUGUGAAAUAGCAAAAAUUGCAUCAUGCUCAUUUGCCUCAUACCAAUCAUUCAAGGAAAUUGUAAGCUUGUGUGAUAAAGACACUCUUUUUCAAUCCAUCUUCUAUUUACAAAAUUUGACGAACGAACAUGUUUACACAAUAACUAAGACAAUUUUUUUGUUUUUCAAACAAGAUUGGUUCCCAGGGAUGAAGUGGCUUGGUGUAUCCGCUUUGUUAGGAAGAACUUCCUUAGUGCUGCUUAAUUUAUGCAAGGACUACAUCAUCGAAAAUAACUCAGCUUCUUUAUCUAGUCAGUCUGAGAAGCGGAUUGACAUGCGGCUUUGGUCAGAAUACGUCAAGGUAACAUUACUUGUUUCAAAUCACAAAAGUGCGUCUUUAACAAAAUUAGCUAUUACACCGCGCAAAGCAGUUUAUUUGAUAUCGGGUGACCUAAAGAAGAUCUCAGCAUAUAUACUAAAUGACUGUUGGGAUGCUUUAGCCUUUGGGCAUUAUAAUGCCAGCUAUGCUAAAAAAUAUGGUUUAGGGGCCUUAAGUGAUUGCCAAUUUGAACUGUUCGUUCACAAUCAAUACUUAAUACGUGAGAUUUUCAUUUUUGGCUUUCAUAGGCAUAUUGAUGCCACCCGAAUUUGUUGUAAAAUAUUAUGGGGACUAGGGUUAAACUUUUGGAGGAUAUUUGGAUCCCUACAGCCAGCGGUGAAUUCAUGUAUUCCGGAGCUAUUCAGUGCAUAUCAAAUAGGGAAGCUUCGCUUGAAUGACUAUGAACUGGAGAGAUUUGUUUCUUGCUUAUUUUUCAUGAUACACGUUCCUGAGUCAGAUACAUUUUUCCCUGCUUGUAUGGACUUCUUAAAAGAUCUGCUUGGUUUUUUGCACAUUGUAAAUGAAAUCUACAAAAUUCCUAAUCAAGAAGAAUUUGAUGACGAUCGAACUGCGCGUCACAUAGAGAUGUUUGAGUAUUUGUUAGAAGCGAACAGGCCUGAAUCUUUCCAUAAAAUGAUUUACGAUCUCUUUAUUCAUUUUGUCCAGAAAAAGGACUUUGUUCAGGCUGCCUUAAGUCUGGAACUUUUGGCAGGUACAUACGCAUGGGACUCUAAUGAUACUCUUGAAGCAAUAUCUUUCCCGCCAUUACCAGAGCAGUCGUCAUUUGAAAGGAAGGAGUAUCUUUUAAAGGAAUCCGCAAGAAACUUUUCGAGGGGUCAAAAACCAGAAAAAGCUUUAGCGGUAUACAAGGACUUAGUAAAAGCUUACGACGAGAUCAACUAUGAUUUAAAUGGGUUGGCUUUUGUGUAUGACCAAAUAGCUGGUAUUUACACUAGAUUGCAAUCUAUUGAUAGAUUGGUUCCAACGUAUUUCAAAGUUUCUUUCAUGGGAUUCGGCUUCCCAAAGUCUUUGAGAAAUAAAUCAUUUAUUUUCGAAGGCCUCCCUUUUGAACACAUAACAUCCAUGCACGAUAGGCUUUUAAGAAGCUACCAUGGAUCAAACAUUGUGCACUCUCAAGAAGAAGUAGAUAUGUUAUUAAUGAAUCCUCCCAUGGGUAAAUACAUUCAUGUGGCUUCUGUCGAACCCUGUUUAAGUAUCUCCGAUAAUUACAACAGUAGCGACAGAAAAAGCUCAAUUAACAAUAAAGUACGCAUGUAUAUCGAGAAUAGAAACCUGAGGACCUUCAGUAACUCUCGACGUCUUCCAGGAGCAAAGGGUGUUACCGAUUUGUGGGUGGAGGAGUAUACCUAUCAUACGACAAACACAUUCCCAACACUGAUGAACAGAUCAGAAGUUGUCAAAGUCACCAAGAAAAAGCUUUCACCGCUUGAAAACGCAAUUCGCUCUUUGCAAGUCAAGAUACAAGAACUAUAUGGGCUUGAAAACAUGUGCCAUAAAACUUUAAAAGACCACGGCGAUGUGAACGAUCUAUUUAGCGAACUUUCGACAAAUAUUACUGGUACAAUAUCAGCACCGAUUAAUGGAGGUAUAUCACAGUAUAAGGCGUUUCUAGGAAAUCCUACAUCCAAGGAGUUCAGUGCUGAGGAUUUGGCGAGACUAACGCUAGCCUUCGACGAACUUGUUGCGGUACUAGGUCGCUGCCUGGCGUUACAUGCUGAGUUAUUGCCUUCGAAGGAACUAAAGCCAUCGCAUGAUCUUCUGGUGAGACUUUUCGAAGAGAAUUUUGCGGAAGAGAUAGAGAGAUACGGCCGCACUAACAAUGAGGCCAUUCGUGGCCGGGAUCAAAAGAUGGCGGCUCGAAUAAUUUUGCACAGAAACACUUCGAAAAAAGCUAGCUUGACGGGCAGGGACCACCAAGCCUCUGGCUCUAAUCACAGCCAGUUUGUACUGGAACACAGCGACUCAUUUGGUCCCAACAGCUUACUUUUUGGAAGAUAUUUAUCGAGAACAUUGUCUCACUCGUCUACCACGAGUAGUUUAAAUAAAAGUGGAAUUGGUUCAACGACUUCUAGCACCUUUUUAGCGGGGUCACAGCCAAAUCCCAGUACAGAACCCCAACACAAGCAUGAUUUUUCGCAUUUGGAAUAA